AAGUGUAAACAAUAUAUUCUAACACAAACUUGUUACAAGUGGAGUAUUCCAUCAGAGAAAAUGGUGGUUGCCGGAAUUGCUGCCGGAGGGGGUGGUUGGGCUGACAUGAAGAGCCUAUCAGUCCAAGUCAUCACCGGUCGGUGGUUCGUGGUGUUUGCAUCAUUUCUGAUCAUGUCAGCCGCCGGUGCAACCUACAUGUUCGGUCUUUACUCAAGCACAAUCAAAUCCGCUCUGGGAUAUGAUCAAACCACCCUGAAUUUGCUCAGCUUUUUCAAGGACUUGGGAGCAAACGUUGGGGUCCUUUCAGGCCUCAUCAACGAGGUCACGCCCCCAUGGGUUGUGCUAUCAAUGGGAGCAGCCCUGAAUUUUUUUGGCUACUUCAUGAUAUGGCUUGCCGUGUCUCAGAAAAUAGCCAAGCCCCAGGUGUGGCACAUGUGUCUCUACAUAUGCAUCGGUGCAAAUUCCCAGGCUUUCGCUAACACCGGAUCUCUGGUGACCUGCGUUAAGAACUUCCCGGAGAGCCGAGGCGUGGUGUUGGGGAUACUGAAGGGGUAUGUUGGGCUGAGUGGUGCAAUCAUCACACAGCUCUACCAUGCCUUCUAUGGCAAUGACACCAAGGCUCUUAUUUUGCUCAUAGCUUGGCUGCCUGCUGCUAUAUCUUUUGCAUUUCUUCGGACCAUUCGAAUCAUGAAGGUGAUUCGACAGGAGAAUGAGCUCAAAGUUUUCUACAAUUUUCUUUACAUCUCUCUUGGCCUCGCCGGGUUUCUCAUGAUUAUAAUUAUAGUAGAGAAAGAGCUGACUUUUUCUCAGAGUGAGUACGGGGGAAGCGCCGCUCUAGUUCUUCUCUUGCUCUUUCUCCCGCUCGCUGUUGUUAUACAAGAGGAAUUCAAGCUCUGGAAGAUCAGGCAACAGGCCCUGCGUGAGCCUCCACAGUUGAAAAUCAUCGCCGAGAAUUUGAACACCGAGACUUCUUCAUCUUCACUACCGCUUGAAUCAACAGCUGCAACAAGUUCUCUCCCCGAACAACUAAGCUCACAGAAGGAAGUUUCUUGCUUCUCCAACGUGUUCAGGCCACCGGACAGAGGAGAGGACUACACCAUACUUCAAGCCCUUUUCAGCAUAGACAUGCUUAUUCUAUUCUUCACUACAAUUUGUGGUGUUGGAGGGACUUUAACAGCCAUAGACAACUUGGGACAGAUUGGGAGUUCACUGGGGUACCCGCAGAAAAGCCUGAGCACUUUCAUAUCGCUGGUUAGCAUAUGGAACUAUCUUGGAAGAGUGACUGCAGGCUUUGGAUCGGAGAUCGUCUUAGACAAGUACAAAUUCCCCCGCCCUUUGAUGCUCACACUCAUCCUCCUCCUCUCAUGUGUUGGUCAUCUCCUCAUCGCCUUCAACAUCAAGAAUGGUCUCUACUUUGCAUCAAUAAUUAUCGGGUUUUGCUUCGGUGCUCAAUGGCCAUUACUUUUCGCAGUCAUAUCUGAAAUUUUUGGCCUCAAAUACUACUCCACGUUGUACAAUUUUGGCUCAGUGGCUAGCCCAAUCGGUUCCUAUUUACUCAAUGUGAGGGUAGCCGGAUAUCUCUAUGAUAAAGAGGGAAAAAGACAAAUGGCAGCCCUGGGGAUUAAAAGGAAGGCUGGUGAGGACUUGGACUGCACAGGCGUAGAGUGCUUCAAAUUGUCCUUCAUUAUAAUCACAGCGGCCACACUUUUCGGUUCACUUGUAUCGCUCAUACUAGUGCUUCGGACCAGAAAGUUCUACAAGGGUGACAUUUACAAGAAGUUCCGGGAACAAGCCAAAGCAGCCGAGACUGAGAUGGCCCAGGCCGGGAAUGGGGCAGCCCCAUCGCUGGCAAAAGGUUAGAGCUGUCGGCAGCAGCAAUUAUGUUUAAGUUAAAAAGACUCAGAAAAAAUAGAAUGACAGUAGAGGAAGAUAAGACAAAAAGAAGAGAUACAGGACACGGGACCUUGGACCUUGGAUUGUAAUGUUUCAUACCCUCCCCCGUCAGAUACAAUCUUACAGAUGCUUUUAUUUUGUAUUUUAUAUGUCAUUGAAUUUGGAGAAGAUGAAAUUUGAAAACUUUACAUUGGGUGAAAUGGGUAUUAAGGUUGAUAGACUUGGAAAUGAAUAAUGCAAAAUUUAGUAUCAUGUGGGGCUUGAGCUGA